CGGCCAAAAUCCAAACACGACCAAGCGUAAACGCGUGAAGCGAAGCGUGAAAACGUGUGAUGACGAGUGAAAACAAACCGAACGAAUUAUUAUGUAUAAUCCAUUGGAAAAUAUUGACCGAACGAUUGCCAUAAUUUUAUCAAUGCCCAAAAAUUAUUCAGUGAAGAAAAUUAAGAAAUCCCCAAAUCCGGAUGGCCAAGUUCACGGAGGUAACGACGAGUGGUCCAUACCCUGGAAUGAAACUGCUGUAGCCAAUAAACGAGCACAUCUUGAUUUGACGCCCCUCCCUCUCGCCCUGGCAGCAAUGACAGUCGUCCCUAACCUCCAAAAUUUUGACGUAUAGUGUUUUUCAUCGUAAUGACACUUAUAUAGUUUCUUUAAGUAGUUUCGUCGUGUUUUAAUAUGUAACAAAUUAUAAACAAAUUAUUCGUAUAUUUUCUCCUCUAGAUACGAUAAAACAAAAAAAACUGUCGGUCAAGCGUGCAAACAAUAGUUCGCAUUCAUUUCAAUUGAAAAACAUUGAGAAUAUCGUAUACACGAAGAAUUUCUCAUUGUGGCGGACGAAGUGCAGAUUCUAAAUAUAAAAUUAAACCUCACACUUUUUUUUUACUUAUAAAUAACGCUGUUUUGCAAUAUACUCCUUGUGUUUGAUAUCAUCGCGUGAUAAAUUUUGUGCAAUUCAACAAAGAAUCGAGAAAACCAAACAAAAGAUAAACAUCGACACUGUACGUGAUGACUUCGAAGUAAAUUAUAAAAGUCUUUUUUCGUUCUCUCUACUUCACUCCUUUAUUCUCCGCUUUCAUACGAUGCACAAAAUGUUGAUCUCUAAACGACACUGACAUCAGUGUAAUGGCUGAAGAAAAAAGUACAACAGACAAUGGCCCGUCAUUAAUUAAUCUCGUGGAUGAAAACCUCUUCGAGCUCAAAUGUCUCAUAAGAGCAAACUGUAUCGGACAAAGCGCAAGAUGUGAAAUUGGCAAGAAGCAACUACUUGCUUUUACAACUUCGCGCAAAGAUAUCGGUCUUUAUUACCAUGACAAUAUUCACCGGCCACCGGUAAUCAAAAGAAUACCAUGGUUCAAAGCGCCCCAGAGAGCAAUCUGUGCUCUCUGCUUUGACCCCACUGGAUCAUGGCUUUUAGUUGCCAGUAUUGAUGGAUCUCUCUAUAUCGUCCCUGCUUUGGCUAUCGUUGAUGCUACCAGUACCGUCGAUCACAGAUGGCUCAUCAAUGACUUGACUUCCUUCACUUCUUUGAAUUUGCAGUCUUCCUACUCGAGACCAACCUGUUUGACCUGGUGGCAAGGUGUAACGCAAUGUAGUCACAUAGGUGUGAUUGGGACAGACAGGGGGGAAGUAGUGUUUGUAAAUCUCGAGAAUGGUCAACAAGUUGGUUUGACUCGAGUGAACUGUGGUCUCAUUUCUAGUCUUCAUGUGUGUCAGGACAAUAGUCUCGAGAUUGUAUCGCUUUUAAUAACGAGUCAAUCGAGGCAACAAUGGCGUUUGAUAUUGGAGCAGCGCACAACAAAUUACGUUUAUCCACUCAACAACGUAAAGUCUCCCGUUUCACAAUCUUGUUCCGUAUUGAAAUCAUCUAACGAGUCGAUCAAUGACGAUGGAAGAAUAUUUCCGCCUACGAGGUCACGCCUGCAAGGACUCAAAUUACUUUCUGCUGAAAAACUUGCUGCGCUGAGACAAAAAUUGGCUGAAGCGAGGAAUCGCAAUCUUACGAAUAAUCUUAAGCGUCAAGACAGCGGAAGUAGCAGCGGAACGGAGGAAACAAAUACCCCGGAACAUACCAGUCGCAAUUUUGAUGAAAAACUCGACACUUUUACACCUGAAUUAUUAUCCAGUGAUAUGUUUCUUUUGCCACAGUAUACGAGACAGGGACAACAUUUGUAUACCGGUUACAGUGAAGCAACGCAUCACAUUACUAUCCACGGAACCGAUGUAUCCCUGGUUCCAUUUCACAUGUACAAAAUGCCGGGUCCUUGCCGAGACAUAUUACUAACUCAACGUUUAUUUUUCGUGGUCAGUCCAAAUCGACGAAGUCUCUCUAUAAUUUCAUGGCCAUUGUCCGAGACGAGAAUAGGAGAUGAUAGUGAUUUCAAGAAAGAAUCUCUCAUCGCCCGUUUCGAUUUUGAAGACAUUACCGAAGUGAUACGCAAUGUGUAUAGAUCGAGUGAUUAUAAGAAAUCAACGAACGACGAUUUAUCGAGGAACCUCGAAAACGUUUAUUCUUUACCUUCGAAAAUCGAGGAUCUUAGGGUCGAUGUGCCUAUCGUGGAUACUUGUAUAGUAGUUACUAAUAUUGCUGUUUACAAAGUCGUCCUCAGGAGAUCUUUGCUCCACGUUUUUAUGGAAUAUGUGCUGAAAAAAAACGACCUCGAGAGAGCUGGUCGACUUGGCAUUGUUUUCGGAAUGAAUGUUCAACAACUUUUGGAAUCAGCCGGUGAUAUUUUCUUAAUGAACAAUGAUUGUUCGAGGGCCAUGGUCUUGUACAAAUUGUCUAGGUGUCGUUUAUUGAAGAGAGUUUUAAAAAUUGCUGCUGCUGGUCGCACCGGAAAAUUAUUGGGCUGGCUCAUGCAUUGCCUCGCGCCUCCCACGGUCAGCGAAUUGACAACAGCAACGAGAAUUCAUCUUUCGAAUCUCGGUGUUCUCGCGUUUACGGAGCUUACACUCCGAGCAACCGCCCAGGAGCUCAACAACAUGCACAAAGCUUUUUUAUUGUUUUUAUCGACGAAUACGUUUUAUGACGAACUGUGGGCCGUUGACAUCGCAGGACAAACGUGCGUCUGGAAAGCGUUGCAUCAUUUGGCAACGCAGAGAGGCCUCUUCACACAAGUCCUCGAUAUUCUUAUCAAGACUGUACAGUCGUUCAACUCGAACAAUUCUUGUUUUAUGUCUUCGCAGAGUAAAUAUUGCUUGCUAAUAUGCAUCAGUGAACCGAGUCUCGUUCAAGCUAUUCUGGCUAAUCCGAAUGUUGCCAGAAGCCACAUGGCGUUCGUUCUUGCCAGCCUGUCGACUUUGCCGAUUUUCGUAUUACAGAGACUGGUGAACUUGUACGAUCCAACUAACCCAGCACUCAGGCCUUUGCUCGUGAGGUGGCGAGCUCGUCGUCGAACAAUGUCCCAGAGUUCUCAGUCCAGUCAAUGUGAUUCUCUGGAUUCGGCGGAUGUUUUGGAGGAAACCGGCUCUCUCGUGGAAGAAGUUGUUGAAACAUUUCUCCUUGUACUGUUGAGUCUCAUUCACAAAAAGACACCAGUUCUGCGACACAAUCCGAGUCUCAUGCAAUACAUACACGGACCAGGAAUCGAGAAACGUUUCAGUGGAACGACAACAAACGUAGAUUUCAAGCGAAGAUUAUUAAGUGCUGGGUACGCUCACGUGGCGCUGAUCCGGAACGGAAACGUUUACACAUGGGGCAAUGCGAUGUACGGUUGUUUGGGUAUCGGCCCAUCGAUAUCGAGGUACGGACCUCCACAAGCGAUUUGCCUAUUUCGUAACAUGGAAAUGGAAGUUUUGAGUGUUUCCUGCGGUCGUUCUCAUACUUUGGCAGUAACGAACAACGGUGUUUACGCCUGGGGAUCGAGUCAGUUUGGUCAAUUGGGUCUCGGCCGAGUACUGCAAUGUCCAAAUCCCGAACUCGUCACAUCCCUCGCCCAAGAAAUAAUCGUUGACGCGGUUGCUGGGCAAUAUCACUCGGUCGCGUUGACGAUCGACGGCAGGGUUUUCACCUGGGGCUGGGGAGUUCACGGUCAACUUGGUCACGGCGAUACCGAACCCAAAACUACACCGACCCUCGUCAGUUCUCUUCUUGGAAUUGUCAUCCGCCACAUUUCAGCUGGCCAUGCUCACACUAUCGCUCUCUCAGCCGAUGGUUACGUUUACGCUUUUGGCUGCAACAUUUUUGGACAACUCGGAACCGGCACCAAUGUCAAGUCGUCUUUGCCCUGCAAAGUCUCUUUACUUCCGGAAAAAAUCACUCACAUCGCUACAGCUUACUGUCACAGUCUCGCCGUCAGUCACACAAAUCAAUUGUACACAUGGGGCGCGAGUCCUCAGGUAUUGAGACUCCAAACACAAGCUCAGAAGAAGUCUAAGAUCCUUGAGUAUCAAGCGGCUGCGGAGAAAUUCGCCGAAGCUGAAUUUCAGUCACAGAACUCCCUCAACACCGAUGAAAACGUCUCCAAUGAUGAGAGCGGAACGACUUUGUCGGACGAGACUUUUUCUCAAAAUAAUGAAAAUGCACAAACUAAUCAUUUGGCCAUACCCAGCAAAAUACAGAAGAGAUUGGCUGGUAACAAACUUCUCAAGAGUGCCAGUAUGAAGGGUGUUAAUAUCGGAAGUCUCGAGGAAGCUCAGACUCACUUGAGGCCAACUUUGGUUUCCACCAGCUUGGUAAACGGUCGAAUUAUUCAGGUAUCGACGGGUUGUCACCAUUCGGCAUUGUUGACGAAAGACGGAACCGUUUACACUUGGGGCCGGAACUUCGACGGUCAAAUAGGAAACGGUACGCGUCGGGAAGUCCUUGUACCAACGCCCCUCGAUUACAAUCCCGCUUCAGUACUCGCUCAAAUUCCGCCGAGAAGUCACAAUUUCAAGAACGAAGAUUCACAGUUUCAUGAUAAUUUUGAAAAUACUGAAGAAAACGGCGAUCGAAAGGCGGCUGAGACGGAGCUUCCAAAUGUUCGGAGGGGAAUCAACAGGAUGAUUAAAACUGUGAGAGUCUGUUGUGGCUGCGAUUUCACCGUGGCUAUUCAACCAGGUGGGACAGUUUUAGCAUGGGGAAGGAAUAGUAUGUCACAACUGGGACGCCCGCCAACGAAAGAUUCCGGGACUGAUGAGAAGCUCGUGUUACUGAAAUCGAGCAGGAGAGUCGUUCGUCUUCCACACGGUGCUCAUGUCGCUCAUGACACACCCAGCCAAGUUCCCAGUAUUCCUACACCAAUUAUUUCUUACCAGAGUUACGACGUUACCCCGUUGGCUGGACGAGUCAGACCUUUGAGCGUCGUCGAAAAAACCUUUGGAGAAUCGACCUUGCAUUACGUUCUUGAACAGUUCCAUGGAUUGUAUGACAGUACUAAGAUAAUGGACAAGUUUUUAGAGAACGGUGACUACCACGCUUGUUCAAAGCUCGCUCUCUUGGAGCACAAUCACGCGAAGAGUUUCGCCUACCAGUUGAAAACCUUGAAUCCAUCGAGCUACAAAGAAAUUCACAAAGCUUCGAUGGCCAACGAGAAUUUAAGCAAGAUCGAAGUGGCGCACGUUAAAAAUGACAACUCGAACGAUCCGGAAGCGAUCGACGAAGCAACGCUCGAAGCGAGAAUCGAACAGCUGAAAAACAACACAGAACUAUUCGACAAGCAAGUAGUAAAGAACCUCGUUGAUUCGUUGGAAGAAUGCGUGUCGAAGAAGAAAAUAAAAAUGCCGGCGAGUCGUUCGUUGGAUAGUUUUCAAGUGCUCGAGCAAGAAUUACACACUUUCGAUUGCCAAGGCGGCUCGGAGGAACUGUGCGAGGACACCAAGAGCGAGGACAUUUCCCUCGAUUUGACGGAAGACGCUCUAGACAACGACGAAGACAACAAUAUUACGGAAUACAACAAAAAUCUCGAUCGAAUGCGCGACAUUUUGGUCAGGCAAAAUAGCAAUCAACUGAAUCUUUCCUUCUGCAACAAUCACGACGAUCAUAUUUCCAAUCAUGCGGGAAUUUUAACCAAACAAAGCUCCGCUAGAACUUAUGAAAAAAGCUCUCGACAGUACAGUGAUAUAAUGCACGUUAAUGGCGAUUCUCUCACGGAAAAUGAAGUCAAUCAUUUGCUCUCAGACGCAACCAGAAUUAUCAAAUUUUACAUGAACGUAAUUGACGACACUGCUCACACCACAAUGCGCGAAGUUCUCCAUACGACUCUCGAGUUCUGGAUUGAACACAAUUUACCAAUUCACGUACUCGAGAAAGUUUUACUCGAACAUAUUAACAAACUCUUCUACCCCCUUGGAUUGUUACUCUUCUGCCAAAAUUCGGAAGGCACUAAAGUGGACGCGAAUAAAAACAGUGCCGAAAUCAAGAGCUUGCGAAUGAUGAAUUCACUGUCAACGAAAUUCUGCUUGCAAGUUUGUUCCAUGCUGUUACGACACGUGGAUCAAGGUAAACCGACUAUGGAAUACAUCGAACUGUUUUCUCUGCUGACUGCAAAAAAUUAUGGGCCACCAUUGACGGGGUAUCCGGGAUCGAGUGAAAAUAAAACCGCCGAGCAAAUGAUGGAAGGAAUCAUAAGUACGCUUUCAUCAAAAGCCUGUGACCCUCGACCUUUUAUUCAUAUGAAGGAUGCGGAGCAUGUGUCAAGUUUUCUCGAAUCCGACGAGGACACCGUUGUUUUUACUUGUGGACAUCAAUUUCCACUGUCAACAUACAAAAGCGAAGUGAUACCAAACAUGGAAGCGGAGUUGUUGAUGUCUCAGCCUUUGCCGCUUCCUUGUACAGCCCAAUUAUUGGGGAAUAUGCUGAGCCGAGCUUCCAAAGUCGAAACCGUUUGCCCCAUGUGUAUUCCACGAGCUUUGCAAACGUCGCUCAAUAAUCUCAUGGAUAGAUGAGCUGUUUUAAAGAAUUUCCAAUUCCAUAGGUGUCAGAAUGGUAUGAGUUGGAACGUUCUGAAUCAUCAGUCGAUUCGUCAACAUCCAUGACGAAUUAGAUAAUUGUACAUUAACGUAAAGAAAGAAAAAACAAAUUUUAUCGAGCCCCGACGUACGAGCUCAAAUAGUUUUUUCUCCAUUGUAAGAGGUGUUUUAUCAAUUUCUCUAAAGUAGAAUUUUAUUCAAAAUUGACUGGAAUUUAAUCCACGCACAUCUUUACUUAUGCACAUGAUUUGAUCGUUUUUUUCUUUUCCCAAUGCUGCGUUGAGAUUUCGGUAGAGAAUAUUGUCUCGAGCCCCUUGAACUAUUGAUAAAUUGUAAAUGAAUAUUUUUUUAACAUUUUGUCGCUGAGAAACGUGAGAAACAGUAAUUCACCACUUUCGACAUAAUAUUUCUGUCUCUUUUCGUCAUAUAAAAAGCAGUCACUUCAGUUUGUAAGAUUGAGUGACAAAUAAUUGAGAAUCGAGACAAAAACCCCCUAUAAAUCGUUUUAAAUUGUUAUUACGCUGAACAAAAGAAAAAAUUAUUGCGAAUUUGUUGAUUUAGUGAUGUUUUGGUAAAAAUUUUAUGGAGGCUUUGCGUUUAUUUAGUGAGCUUCGAAAUGUCACGGCCACUCGGUUGCACCGAAAUUGCUCAACAUCCAGACAAAUCCGUUGGCCUCUAGUCUAGACUUAAAAAAAACAACGGAAUAUAAGCGUGGUAGAAUGUGAGAAAUCACUCAUUCGAACGAACUUAGCUAUCUUUAAGGAGAGAUCCCGAAUUAAAAUACUGAAAAAAGUGUAAUUUUUGCAAUUUCUUUUCUCGACUCCUAUAUCAAAAGUAUCUUUUAGGAAGUUUGGUGUUUUUUUUUUCUACACUUCGUCACUACAGAACAAAUCUUUUCAGACAAAACGUUGGUACAAAAUAUUUUGAGACGUUGGUACUUUCCUGUUCGAAGAAUAAUUUCGUGGUCCGGAAAUGUAUUUCGAGGCCACGGAAACUUUGAAAGGGCAUCGAUUCACUGGAGGUGAGAAGAAAAUUGCAAAAAGAUCUUUUUUCAAAAUUGUCAUUCAAUAUUCGCCCAUAUCCGAAUUGAAAAAUAUUUAAAUUUUGAAAUUCUACAAUAUUAUAAAUUGAACAAGGGAAACCGAUCGAUUUUGUUUGAUUCGGCGAUCGUUCGUCCCACACGACAAAAAGUUACUAUGAAAUUAGAGGAAAAGAAGAACAAACGAAUUUAUGAAAUUGUUAUGGACUUUUAGCGAUCGAAUUUAGUUAUCCAACCUUCGAAAAACACACAACACAGAAACGUAUACAUGUACAAAUAUUAUAGAUACACAGAUUACAUUAAGGACGUACUUUGAAGGCUGACAAUGUUUUUGUCGUUCGAUUAUCCUCGGCACUAAAAUCUUCACGUCGAAUCUGCGAAUCUUGACACGAAAGUAGAAACGUAUUUUUAUCUUUUGUAGGAAUAUCCUUGCGAGGAUGUACGGCAUUGAUAGCAGCGAAUUAUUUCGGAAAGUACUUAUCGAAUACCCUUGAAAUAGCCAUUAGACUGAAAAAAUUGCGGCGAUUCGAAUGAAAAACAUUUCAAAGAGCCUCGCAGUUAACAAGUUGGCGAUUUUUUCGUUCGCAAUCUUUCCAUUGACUGAUGUUACAAAUUUUCUUUUAAAAAUCCUCUGAACAAAAUUCAACCAGUAGGUUCUUAAGCCCACAGUUGAUUUUUCGUCUUCUAUAUGAAACCGAAAACUUCACGAAAUACGUAAAAGUAAAAACAAAAACGUAACUUUCGUCGCAUCACUGAAAAUAAGGAACAACAAAAAAAGCAACAUUCUAGUCAACGGCGUACAAACGCAAAUUCGAAAUAUUGAGUAACUUCGUUUCUACCGAGACGAGUUUCUGUGGUACGAAAAAAAGUGAUGAAAAAGUAAUGAAAAUCAGAAAUGCAGAGUGACGUCAAUCGAAGGAAUUUUAUCAAUCGACUGUGGAAAACACUUUUUUCGUUUCAUCUCCACGAAAAUUUAUCCUCGACGAAUCAAAUAGCCUUCUCGUUUCUUUCUCGAUUCGCUUUUUAUUCACAAACAAUAUACUACGAUAAUCAGCCAAAUCUGACCAAAUGUAAUCUGUAAGAUAUUUUCUCGUGAUCAUCCACAAAUCAAGUGAUUCAACGAAAUCUCUCGAUCAUUAUUAUUCUACAUAUAAAAGAAUAAUAUACUUACUCUCCAACUUCAAAGUUGCACAUGUAGAAAAUUGCCGAAGUACGAUUGUCUUGUACAUACAUAAAGUACUGAAUACCGAAUAGGUACCUGAUUUACUUGAAGGUUUAUAAAUAUACAUACAUUAAAAUACCCCAAAUCUGUAUUACCCUCGACUCAGUAGACGAAUGUUAUGAUCAUUAAAAAGCAGUGACAAACUAA